GUUCUAAUAUCCUAGCAAUGCGUUCAGGUGGUGAUACUAAGGAGGAUCGAGAUAAGAAACUCUUUGUUGGCGGGCUUAAUCCUAAGACUGAUGAAAAUUCCUUACGAGAGUACUACAGUCAGUGGGGGGAGAUAAUUGAUGUUGUAGUUAUGAAAGAUCCCCGUACUCAGAAGUCAAGGGGCUUCGGCUUCGUAACAUUCAAAGAGUCGACAGCCGUUGACGCAGCACAGAGUUCUCGUCCCCACAACAUAGAUGGGAAAGACGUUGAUUCUAAGCGCGCCAUGCCUCGUGACGAAACUGGUCCAGAAGCUCAUGCCACUGUCACUAAGAUAUUCGUUGGUGGCUUGCCCAAGGAAGUCACGAAUGACGAAUUGAAUGCAUACUUCUCCCAUUUUGGCAAAGUCAGCGAGGCCCAGGUCGUCAUUAAGAAGGAUACUAAUGUCCCAAGAGGCUUUGCCUUCGUCACAUUUGAGGACCAUGAUAGUGUUGACAAGGUUAUAUUGAACAAACCUCAUCAGUUAAGAGAUCGUAAAAUCGAUGUUCGUAAGGCACUCAGCAGAGAGGAACUUCAGAAGGUUCGCAGUAAAACACAGCCUGGCACCUAUAAUCAAGGGUGGACUAAUGGUACUGAUAUAGUGCUGUCGGUUACCAACAGGGCUGGGAUGGAAGCUAUAAUCAGGCCUACGGCGUGCAAGGUUAUGCAUAUAAUGGAACUGGAUAUGGUGAGUUUGUGCCUUUAUCUCAAUACCUUAAUAGGCUUUGGAUACGAAAACCCUGUAGUACAAGCUGGUUGGAGUGGCCAGACUGAAGGCGGCUUUGGAAGCUAUCAACAGCAGGAUUAUGCUGGCGGCCCUAUAAGAAGCGGUGCUCAAUACACCCGACCUGCUCCUUACCAAGGAAAUACUUGGCAGCAACGCUAA